AUGCUUGCGGUUCGGAGACUGCUGACCACCGAAUCACCAGCGGUAUGUGCUCAGGUUACGUUCCACAAUCGCAGUUCAGUACCUCGAGUGGUUGACGAUCGCGAAAAAGCACGAGCCUUACCCGAUGAUGCUGGUUACGUCUACCACUAUCAUCGUCCUGGAGUCGACCCCCUACCAAGAAUUCCUGGGUGUCGCGUCCCUGUUGCAAGGCCGUCCUAUCAUGUUCGUGACGCCUGGCGCGAAUCACAGGCGCGAUUCGGGCAAAAUGAUUAUAUCGAUCUGUUAGGAGAUGGACAACUGCAUCCAGCUUUGCUACAAUACCAUACCCCAAAAUGGUUAAGAGGAUUCCCCGGACAACAUAGAGCGAAUGAAUUAGUGAAGCUGAUUCAUUAUCGGAAUCUUUGUUCUGAAAAAUUGAAGCAAAAUUCACCGAAACGAUGGCAUGAGCUUUGCAAGAGGAUCAAGUACUUGUUACAACACCAUAAUUAUGAAAAACAAGAUGAACUUUCGAGAGAACGAAAUCUUGGCCUCUGGGACGAAGAACCCAAUUAUUUCUACAAGGAUAAGUCUAGGCGGUCAUAUCAGGAUCUUGUCUGA